GCUUUCAACUAUUAGGAACGGAGGAGACUGUCGUUUCCGCUCACCCAAAAUGACUCUCCACACGUAAACGCCGCAUUCUAAUGCCUUCUUCUAAGUGGACACCAGGCUAUUUGGACCAAAAGCGUGCACUAACCCUGCCAAAAGAGCGCUCAUAAUGCCCCAGUGCGAGUGUCCGGAGCCCCUGUCCGCUGUCCAGCUCAAGCGCCUGGAGGAGCACAAGUACAGCGCGGCCGGGCGAUCUCUCUUCGAGCCGCCCUGUCAGAUAUACUGGAACUGGCUGGUCCAGCAGAUUCCAACGUGGGUCGCGCCGAACACGCUGACCACCAUCGGACUGGUUAUUAACGUAAUAACGACGGUCAUUCUCGUGUAUUACAGCCCCACGGCUACAGAGGAGGUUCCAGGUUGGGCUUUCUUUCUCAGCGCCUUAGGCCUCUUCAUCUACCAAUCACUGGAUGCCAUUGAUGGAAAACAGGCCAGACGGACCAAUAGCAGCUCAGCUCUAGGAGAGCUCUUUGACCAUGGCUGUGAUGCAGUUUCUACAGUAUUUGUUGCAGUGGGAACGUGUAUAUGCUGUGGGAUCGGCGCGUAUCCUAACUGGAUGUUUUUUUGUGGCUUUGUGGGCAUGUUCAUGUUCUUCUGCGCACACUGGCAGACAUACGUGUCUGGAACGCUCCGCUUCGGACUGGUUGACGUGACAGAGGUCCAGAUUGCUAUUAUAAUCAUGUAUUUGUUGACAGCAUUUACAGGAGUGAGCUUUUGGGAAAUGAGGGUGCCAGUUCUUGGUGUGAAUUUGCAAACCUUUCCUAUUCUUGGUAUCAUCGGCGGAUUCCUCUAUUCAACCUAUAACUACUUCUUUGUUAUUAUGAACGGUGGCGUCGGCAAAAACGGCUCAACUGUUGCAGACACCAGUGUUUUGACUCCUGGUCUCCACAUCGGACUCAUUCUCACACUGGCUUUUAUCAUCUUUAAAAAGUCGUCCAGUCACCUUUUCGAGCACCAUCCUUGCCUAUAUGUUCUCACGUUUGGCAUGGUGAUCGCCAAGAUCUCAAAUAAGCUAGUGGUGGCCCACAUGACCAAGAGUGAGCUUCAUCUUCAAGACACAGCUUUCAUCGGUCCUGGACUGCUCUUCCUUAACCAGUAUUUCAACAGCUACAUUGAUGAACAUAUCGUGCUUUGGAUCGCUAUGGUGCUGUCGCUGGUGGAUCUGGUGCGUUACUGCACAGCCGUAUGUCUGCAAAUCGCCUCUCAUCUACGGAUCCGGGUUUUCAGCAUCUCCCCACAGGGUCAUGCGCACAAAGACUGACAAUUUGCCCGGCGGGAGGAGGAAGCGGGAUCUAAGGAUGAAGACAUCAUCCCGCUUCUCAAACUAGAGCAGGAGAGUUCCAACAACCAAAACCAAGACUGCCUUGACAGCGUCACCACAAAGACCAACUAACACAACUGAACAUUUAAUCAGGUUUGACCAGACCAUCUCUAGAAAAACCAGCUCCACACUGUUGUACACACUAGAACAUCUCACUGGAUGAAAAGGAAGAGUUUAGACCCGAUCAAAUGUACGAAAUGUGGCCAGAAGGCAGCUUUUGUCUAGCCUUGAAAGGGUUUAUUCUGUGCAGGAACGCACUAUAGAUUUAUUAUAUUUCAAAGGAUACAGAGGGAAUUUGGUUAAUAAAUCAAUUUGAAAUUGAAUUGGUUAAAGUUCGCAUUAAAUCACUUCUUAAGUAUUUCUCAUCCAAACAAAUUGGUCAAAGACAAAGAUGCUAACAAAUAACCAAAAAUAGAGUGAAUAAAAAUUAUGCAGGAAAUAAUUUGGUUUCACAGAAGUGAAUAUAAAUAGAAUGUGUUUAUCAUUUUUGAUAAUGUCAAUUUUUCACAAAAAAAGGGAAGCUACGACAGCAGUUUGGGCAUCAACUGAUGGAAAUCUGAACCUAGUCCAUAUUCUACAUCAUAUAAUAUCCAUCAUUUUACUUAAGCCCAUGUUUUUAAACAUCUGAUCUUCUGAAAGUACUAAAGAGAGAAGUAUUGCUAAUGUAAUUAGCAUUUAAGACCUACAUACAUAGUCACCAAACUGCCUAUGGUUUACAUCCCAGAAGUCUUUUGUACCGUUUUUACUGUUAAAAAAGCAGCUAUUUGUAGAUCUUGUGACACUUUAUAUGAAAACUAAUAUCCAGAAGGAAAAAAACAUUGCCCAAACAGUCAUUGUAGCUUAAAGGAGUAAAAGGAAACUUUUAGUGAUUGUCCAGUGAUUACAGUGUAUGUGUUUAUUUAAAUAAUCUGACUGAAUUUAGUGUGAAAUUAAGUCAAGCCGGUUUAAAACAAACAUACUAAUUGAAGUUAAUUGUCAAGGAUUGUGGUUGUGUGUUGAAAACAGAGACUACUCUUCACACCAUCCCCAUUUUCCGAUGAACGGAGCACAAACUGUUGCCUUUCGCUCUGUUUUGAGGGAUUUUUGGGGUGAGGCUGUUGAUCUUGUGUGCCUGUUUUAUGAUGCACUAACUCUGAAUGCUUAGAAUCAUCUCCUCCCAAAGGGCUAAUUAAAAACAAUAAAUUUUGUGUGAUUUGAAUA